CAACUAUGAAUAUGUCACAGCCAGUUUUCGUAUUUGUUAUUUUGGUGGUUGGUGCGAAUUGUGGUGCCAUCGAAGACUGCCUGGAGAAGGACUCGAUAUCGUGCAUACAGCUGGAGGUUUAUAAUUACGCCAAGCAGUUCUUCGGCAAAAGCAACAUCGAAAUGGGCGGCAUAUCCUUCAGCAACAGACGCGGCAAGUCGCUGGCCGGCGACAGGGUGUUGGAGGACCGGGUGGAGGCAGCGACUGACGUCGUCAAGAGGCAGACGGCCCUCGAGGAGUACGUCGUGUCGCAGGUCCGCAACAUGUGGAACUACGGCAAAGUGACGUGGAAUCCCCAAGAAUCGGCCAGGAGUUUGGCCGGCUCAAUCGGCGACAUCAACGACCUGCAACAGUACGCCGGAGAAGGCAGAGGCAAAGCCAAAAAACAGCUCCGCAUCCUGAUCCCCCUGCUGAUCGGCAUCAAACUGAAGCUCGCCACCUUCGCCGCCAUCUCCUACAUGAUAAUAGCCGUGAUAGCCAAGAAGGCAGUGAUGGCAGGCCUGAUUUCGUUGCUCAUCUCCGGAUUCAUCGCCGCCAAGAACCUGGUGGAGACGAAGAACGCCCACCACGUCACCCCCUAUCACAGUCCUGUCGAACACCAAUGGGCCAACUAUUACGGGGACGAAGCUGGGCAUUAUUCGAAGGCUGACAAGCAAGUCAGCUAGACCUUGACGACAAUUAUUUAUUUAUUUAUUUUAGUUUAUCAAAUUUUAAUUU